AUGGAAGCCGGAUUGCGCUCCCAGUUACUGGCAAAUAACGAGAGGAAUAUUCCCGGGCUUCUUCCAAAAAUCUUAACCUUUCAACGUUCACUUCUUCAAACGAUUACUUCCAACGUCUUCAUCCAACCUCCUCUUCUUUAUAGCGUUUUCUCGUUCCAAAGUUUCGCCUUCCAUAGUCUUCUUCUUUCCCACCGUCUUCUGCUUCCAGUAUCUUCUAUUUCCAACGUCCUUUCUUUCAAAUUUUUCUCUCAAUUUCUUUUUCUUCCCAAGUUAUCUUCUUUCAAAGUCUUCUUCCAAAAUCUUCUCCGAACGUCUUCUCAUUCCAACGUCGUCUUUUUCCAGUAUCCACCUCCUCCAACAUAUCUGCCAACAUCUUCUUUUCCACCGCACUCUUCUUUCAACGUAACCUCCCAAUAUCUUCUGCUUCCAACGACUUCCACUUUCAACGGCCUCUUCUUCCAAACUCUUAGAGCGACAUCUUCUUUUCCACCGUCCUCUUCUUCCACUGUAAUCUCCCAAAGUAUUUUAUUCCAACGUCCUCUGCUUUCAAAAUCUUCUUCCAAUAUCCGUCCCUUCAAAAGUCUUCUUCCAAUGUCUGUUCAUUCUAAUGUCUUCUUCCAAAGUCUCCUGCUAAUAUAUUCUCAUUCCAGCUUCCUCUUUUUCCAAUGUCUUCAAAUGUUUGUUCCAUCCAGUGUUUUCUUCUACCAAGGUAUUCUUCCUCUAAUGUUGUCUCUUCCCAACGUCUUCUUCUUCCAACGUCUGUUACUCCCAACGUCUUCUUCUUUCAACGUACUCUGCUUCCAACGUCUUCUUAUUUCAAUGUCUUCUAUCAACGUCCUUUUCUUCCAAAGUCGUCUUCCGUGGUCUGUUUUCCCAACGUCCCAUUCUUCCAAUGUCUUUUCCAACGUAGAUUUCUUCAAACAUCUUCCAACGUCUUCUUCAAACGCUUGUUCCUUCCAAAGUCCCAUGUUUCAAACGUCCUAUUCUUCACUGUCCUCUUCUUCGACCGUAAACUCACCGUGUCUUCUUCUACCCACGUCUAAUCCUACCAAAGUCCUCUUCUUCCAAAGUCAUACAAAGUCUGUUCUUUCCAACGUCUUCUUCGUCCAAAGUCUUCUUCCAACGUUUGUUCGGGACAGGGACUCUUCCUACCAAUAUGACUUUCUGCAACGUAUUUUUAUUCCAUCAUCCUUUUUUUCUAACGUCUUCUUCCAACAUCUUUUACUUACAACGUCUACCAAUGCCAACAUCUCGUCUUCCAAACAACGUCCUCUUUUUCCAACGCCUACUUCUGCCAACGGCUUCUUCCAACAUCCCUUUCUUUCAACGUCUUCCGCUAAGUCUCCUUGCAACGUAAGCACACAAAGUUUUCUUCUUCCAACAUGUUAUCCUCCCAACGUCCUCUUCAUCCAUCGUCUUCUUCCAAAGUCUGUUGCUUCCAAUAUCUACACCUUCCAACAUCCUCAUCUUCUACCGUAUUCUCCCAAAGUCUUUUUCGAACGUUCCCUUCUUCCAAGAUCUUCUCAUUCCUACGCUCUCUUCUUCAAACGGCUUCUUCAAACGUCUUAUCCUUCCAACUUCGUUUUUUUCCAAAGACUUCUCUGUCAUUCUAUAAUAAUUCCUAUUUCAUCUUUUAGCGUAUUUUGUCUUUCUUUUCUAAUUUUCUUUUCCUUUUUCUUCUUUAAUGUCUCCGUCUUUCAACAUAUUCUCUUCCGGUGUUUUUUUUCUUUCUCUUUAAACUUCUCUUUCUUUAAAAAUAUUCUUUUAACGAUUUUUCUUUAA